GCGACAAGGGAGCCGAUUCAAUUCGAGAAAUGGUAAGCGGCCGGGAUCAAUCACAAACCCUGUGGCGCAUUGUUUAGGCAACCUGUCCCUGCCGGUGGCUCGCCCAACACACUGUACACGUGCUUACACCACGGCCGUACAGAGUCAACCUGCGCCACCAUCACCAUUUUCAAAAACCAAAUUGAAGCAGACCAAGCUGAGCCCCCGCUCGGUAUGGACCUGGGCUAGAUUGAGUCGGCCAGGAUCCAGCCAGAUUACAAUCACACGAAAGCUUAGUGGACUUCAGUCUUCACGUAUCUCGCCAACUAAACGAGUCCAAUGACACCCCCAAACGGGGAGCCAGUUUCUAUCUGCCAAUGCUGAUCGCGUAUGCCGUAUUAAUCGGCACAGGCCGGUUGUCAACUGCUUGCUUGGCCGUAUUAAGACAACCAAGUCAGCUUCUUCAGAGGGUAUCGUUGUCAUUAUCCGCCCAACCAGGUCUUCCUGGAUUCUCGGUGUCCUGUGACUAUGUGGACUAGACGCCACAACAUGAGCUGUUCCAAGGACACGCCAGGCUGUCAUACGCUCGACACGCGACAAAUUUGUCGCGCCCUCUGUAUCAAGCUCGCGCUUCGCGGGCUUCAUCGCAUCGCCUCCACGGACAAAUUAAACGGCGAAAAAGAAUCAGAAAUAGAGAACAAAGAAAAGGUCAGCGAUUACCUCGACCAGGCCGCCGUUCGAUACGUCGGCAUUUGGUUCUCAUAGUCGUCGGCAUUUGGUUCUCAUCUUCAUCGGCAAUGGGGGGCUGCGCCUCGUGCAACGCCGCUGUAAUGACGGAGAUGGAAGGGACGGCGAAGGUGGUGUUGCCGGAUGGGGGGUUCCUUGAGUAUGACCGGUCGGUCACGGCGGGGAGUGCUCUGGGUAAGGACUCAUCGUGCUUCUUCGUGUGCGACGCGGACGAGAUGGAGAUCGGGAGAUUUUUGUCGGCGGUGAGCGUCAGCCAGGAGCUCUGCUCGGGGCAGCUCUAUUUCGUGCUCCCGCGGUCGAUGCUCAACUACCCGCUACGCGCUGAGGACCUUGCGGCCCUGGCGGUGAAGGCGAGCACAGCGCUGAUUGGCGCGGCGGGGCUGUGUGGUCGUCGGGCAGUGGCCCCGCUGUUUUUUCCAGUGGAUAACGCCGAUCGGAGGCGGGUGGAGAAGGAGAAGCAGGAUUGGCAACGGAGGUCGCCGAGGAACGGCAUCAAAGGGCCAAAAUUCUCGCCGGAGCUGAUCGCCAUUCCAGAAUAGAUGCACCUCUGCCGUGGACUUUUGCAGUUCCGUGCCGGCGAUGGAUCCGGUUGGUUGAUCUGGACCAUAACGUAAAAAUGGACAUACAUACUGUUAAUAUACGAUGAAUUAGGUUUUAUUAUCUAUUUAUAUUUUCUUUUUGCUAUGUAAACCUAAGUUUUUGUAAUACAAUUUACUAGUCUCCUUUUU